AUGGAGGCCACAGUAAAGCUGAAUCUGAGGAAGAUGAGGGAGUUGAAAGGGCCUAGCACCGAGAGUGAGAAGGCUAGGAGUGCGGCAGUGGCAGGAGGGGAAUCAUUGCCGUCAACGCCAGGAGACAAGCCGUCCCUUGCCACGCUGCUUGCCGCCUGCCGCUCCUCCUCCCGCCCCCCCUCCCGCCCUGCCUCUCGGCCUUCCUCCCGCCCGUGCUCCCCUCCCAGAGCAGCAGCAGCAGCAGCAGCAGCAGCGGCACAUGGGAGCGACGCUGCUGCCCCUGCUGCUUCUGCUGCUACCACCGGUUCCCAACUCCACAGCAUCACCAGCAGCGGCGGCGGCGGCGGCGGUGGCGGUGGCGGUGGCGGCAGUGGUUCAUCGAAUGCGUUCUCCUUGGGCAGGCGCCUGUCUUCUGACACUGCUUUCUCGGAGCAGCUGCUGCGCGCCAUGCAGCAGGCCGAUCCCCUUCUUGCUGCUGCACAGGGCAAAGCAGAUCGCCGUGGGCAGCAGGGGCAGCAGGCGGAGGAGGAGGUGUGGGCUGCACCGACCUCCUCUGCCAUGUUUGUGAAGGUGAUGAGCCUGGAGCGGCGACUGGCGCUCAAAGGCUCUACCACCAACACCAACACCACUGCUGCUGCUGCUAUUGCUGCUGCUCCUGGCGGCUACCAGCAGCACUGGCACGGGCAGCUAGGGGUGCAAGGUAUGCAAGGGCUGCAGGGGCAGCAGCAGAGGGAGAAGAGUCAGCAGGCGUGGGCAGACGCACCGUCUUCUGCCAUGUUUGGUAAAGUUCUUAGCCUAGACCGACGCACCAUCAUGGCUGGUCGAGGUGCUGGCGCUGCUGCUGGUGGUGGUGCGAUGAGGGUCAGGGGAAGGAGCUUCGCGAGAAGCAACGAGGAGGGUUCAGGGCAAGAGGAAGACCACCCCUUUCCUCACCAUCCCCACCAUCCCCACCAUCCCCAUCCUCAUCCUCAUCCCCAUCACCAUCCCCAUCCUCCCUACCGCUCAGUCUCUCCAGCCCCUCACCUGCCCCCUCCGCUUCACCCACCUGCUGCUGGUGCCUCUGUCACCUCCCCUCCUGCUGCUCCCUCUGCCUCUAAACCUGUACCCCGCAUCAGCUCAUGUCCCACCACCAGCGCACCAACCACCGCUCCAUCCGAAUCAGCAAGCAUAGCUCUCUUUACUCCUGCUAGCAUCUCUGCCGCCUCUCCCUCUUCCCCUUCCCCUGCCACCGAUCCUGCUGCAGCCCGGCGAUCGCUAGGCUCUCGCGUCGUUGCACAGACUCUCUCCUUUGCUGAUGCUUGCACCACCCCUCCAUCCUUGUCCCCUCCCUCUGCCGCUGCCUCCGCCGCCGCUGCUGCUCCUGCUCCUACUGUUUCGUCUGCUCGCCCGCCGAUUGCCUCCUUCCCUUCCUCUCGCUCUGUGAGUGGUGCCUUAGCCUCCUCCUCCUCCCGCCGCCGUCCCGCCACGGCGAGUCAUGCAGGGAGCAGGGGAGACAGGAGCACUUGGAGAAACAGCGGAGGAGCGAGAGGAGGAGGAGGUGGUGGUGGUGGUGGUGGCAGCAGGGGUAGGGACCUUCGGAGAGUGAGUGAGGGGAGGGUGGGCAGUGACAGUGACAGUGGAAGUGACAAUGGCGCAGGUGCCUAUGCAAGAGACGAUGAUAGCAGUGAUGGGUUCUCCUCUGAUGGGUUCGACUCCCCUUCCUUCUCCCAACCCGAUGGUGCUACCACUGCUGCUGCUGCUGCUGCAUCUUCUCUUACCCCCCCUCCUGGUCCCAGUGCGGGGCAUGGGAGAAGAAGAGGAGCGGGUGGGGAUUCCCGAGGGAGCCCUGCGAGGAGACAGAGAGAGGUGGUUGCUGCCCGUGUGGCUGUGGGGGUUCAGCAGAGAAGGGGGUUGGUGCAGCAGAUGGGGUGCGAGGGAGAGGAAGAGGGAGGUGAGAAGCACGAGGGGGAGGACGAGAGAGGGAGACAGGGAGAAGGGGAGGAAGGGAAAGGGAAAGAGGUGGAGGAAGAGGGAAUGCGGAAGGAAGGCGGGCAGGAGGAUGAUGUGCGAGAGGGGAGAAGGAAAUGGCAUGGGAUUCAGGUGCAGCGGGAUCUUGAGAAAGCAGAGGGAGAGACGGACGAGAAGCAGGAGCAGCAGAGUCGGCAGGAGGUGCAGGGGGGGCAGGGGGAGCAGGGGGGGCAAGGGCAACAAGGGGGGCAGGAAGUGCAAAGGCAGGGAGGGGUAUAUAUUCAGGGGGAGGAGCUGGAGGGGCAGACGUGGGAGCAGUAG